AUGCCCGCCCCAGCCCCAUUCGACAUCAAGCACAUCAUCCGGCCAAACAUCCUCAGGCUCGAGGCGUACCGCUGCGCGCGCGACGACUACAGCGAGGGCAUUCUGCUCGACGCCAACGAGAACAGCUACGGGCCAGCGUACCAGACGUCGAUCAGCGAUAGCGGCGCAGUCACGUCGCAGGUCUGCGCGCAGCAGCUGCACCGGUACCCGGACCCAAUGGGGCGUGCCGUCAAGCAGCGCGUGCUGCAGCUGCGGCCAGAGGUGCCCAGCAUCGACAACGUGUUCCUGGGCGUGGGCAGCGACGAGGUCAUCGACCUUCUCGUGCGCAUAACGUGCCAGCCUGGGCGCGACACCAUCCUGGUGACGCCGCCGACGUACGGCAUGUACAACGUCGUGGCCAGCAUCAACGACGUCAACGUCGCCAAGGUGCCGCUGCUGCUGGAGCCCGGGCGCGAGUUCCAGCUGGACGUCGACGCGGUCAUCCGCGCGGCGACGCAGGACCAGACGGUCAAGAUCGUCUGGCUGUGCUCGCCUGGCAACCCGACGGGCACGCGGCUGGCCGAGGCCGACAUCCGCCGCGUGCUGGAGUCCGAGUACCGCGGGCUGGUGGUCGUCGACGAGGCGUACGUUGACUUUAUGCGCGCCGACCGCGGCGUGUCCUGCGCGCGGCUGGUGGCCGAGUACCCGAACGUCGUGGUCAUGCAGACCAUGAGCAAGAGCUUCGGGCUGGCCGGCAUCCGCCUGGGCCUGGGGCUGGCCAGCAGCGAGCUGGUCGCGUACCUCAACAGCGCCAAGGCGCCCUACAGCCUGUCGACGCUGGCGCUGGACGUGGCGCGCGACGCCCUGAGCCCCGAGGGCAUCGCCAGGAUGCGCGCGGUUGCCGCCGACCUGUGCCGCCAGCGCGACGACGUCCUGAUCCCUGCGCUGCGCAGCCUGCCGCACGUGGCGGCCAUUGUUGGCGGCAACGACGCCAACUUUGUGCUGUGCCGCUUUGCCGACGCGCAGGGCCGCGUGUCCAACGAGAUCGCCAAGGGCCUGUACACCGAGAUGGCCGAGAGCAGGGGCCUGGUCGUGCGCUACCGCGGCGGCGACUACGGCUGCGAGGGCUGCCUGCGCAUCACCGUCGGAACGCCCGCCGAGAACCGCGUCGUUAUUGACACAAUGCGCACGCUGCUGUCCGCCAUUGCCUGA